AGGCUUGAACAAAACCGCAGCCAAUCCCAAGUCUCUCUAUCUCAUCUCCCAAAUCCCUAAUUUUUCUAAUUCAAGUCAUCUCAAACCCUAACCGAAAAAAAAAGCAUGGUCGAAUCUAAUUCCCAAAAUCCACUCGCUCUCAAGCCGACGAUUAAAUUCGUGUGCAGCUACGGCGGCCGAAUCCUCCCCCGCUACCCCGACGGCAAGCUCCGUUACCACGGCGGCGAAACCCGCCUCCUCUCCGUCGAUCGCUCCGUUUCACUCUCCGAGCUGGCUGUGAAGCUGGGAGAGAUGUGCGGCACCGCCGUGAAUCUGAGGUGCCAGCUGCCGACGGAGGAUCUGGACGCGCUCGUAUCGAUCACCUCCGAUGAGGAUCUGGCGAAUCUGAUCGAGGAAUACGACCGCGCGGCUGCUGCGGCGGCGGCGCCGCUGAAGAUCAGAGCCUUCCUAUUCGCCCCCAAAUCCUCCGGAAAAUUGCCGUCUCCGCCGUCCUCCGCCUCCUCCAGCAGCAACGGCUCCACGUCGCCGAAAUCGCCGGCGUUGGCCAGCAGCCGGUGCCUCCGCCACGCGCCGAGGCCGCCGGUGCACCCUAACGCCGCCGGGAGAGCCUCUGGAAAAGUUCCCGUUAAGUAUGCUUACCAUUUUCAGUAUGGUGGUGGCAACGGCAGCCGUCCUGUUUAUGUGAUCCACAACGGCAGCAGCCACUGGCAAUAGCCGGAAAAGUUCCGAUGAAAAAGUGGAUUUGGUGGAUUUGGGGAUCGGUUAAUCGGAUCAUUGUUAUGGAGAAAUGGACACCGAUUAAUUACUAUUUUGGACAAAAAAACUAAAGAAAAAAAUUAAUUUUGGCUCCCAAAAAAGGUGGAGCAGAGUACAUAUGAAUUUUCACUUCAUCACAUGAUACAGAGACCAUAUUGAGGUGUGUGAUGAUGAAGGUAUGUAUAUGCUUGUGAAUAUGCUUUUAAUGGUUCUCUACAUUGCUUUUUAAAAACUAUUUAUAUAACCUUUCACCAAGGCUACUACCUAAGGGUGUAAUAACCAUACUUUUUGAAAGGGUCAGUAAUUAUAUUUUUUUCCCAACAAAUAUGCAUAAUUUCAAGUUAAAAUGUCACCCUAAACCACAGCAUAAACAUAAAUAUGACAUUGCAU